AUGGUGUCCCAAAGAGGAAUAGAAGCAAAUCCAGAGAAAGUACGAGCUAUCAUUGACAUGGACUCACCCAAAACCGUUAAGGAUGUUCAAAAACUCACAGGAAGAAUAGCAACUUUAAACAGGUUCGUCUCUAGGGCCACAGACAAAUGCCUGCCCUUCUUUAAGACAUUGAAGCAGGCUUUUGCUUGGACCGACGAGUGCAAAGCAGCGUUCCAAGAGCUAAAGCAAUACCUGAGCAGUCCGCCUCUCCUAAGCCCGUCCAAAGAAGGAGAAAACCUAUACCUGUACCUGGCGGUGUCAGUCUCGGCAGUAAGUGCAGCUUUGAUUAGGGAAGAGGGCAAGAAGAAACUUCCGGUUUACUACGUUAGCCAAGCUUUCCAAGGGGCUGAGUCCAGAUACCCAAGGAUCGAAAAGAUUGCGUUUACACUAAUAGUGGCCUCGCGCAAGCUCAGGCAAUAUUUCCAGUCAAAUCCCAUUUUUGUAAUGACGGACCAACCAAUCAAGAAGUCAAUGAGCAAGCUAGAAGCAGCAGGGAGAAUGGUCCAGUGGGCAAUCGAACUUAGUCAAUUUGACAUCGAGUACCAUCCAAGAACAGCGAUCAAGGCACAAGCUCUGGCGGACUUUAUCGCCGAAUUCACGUUCCCUGACGAAGACAGGAUUACCGACGGAGCAGAUAAACUAGUAAUACAGACUGAUGGUUCGUCUGCCCAAAAGAAGGGGGGAGUAGGGGCCAUCAUAACCACCCCCGACAGAGAAGUGCUGAAAUAUGGGGUCCAACUAAAAUUUCCAGCCACCAACAACGAAGCUGAAUACGAAAGAAUACUGACGGGACUGAGGCUUGGUAAAGCCCUUGGUGCCAAAAAUUUGUUGAUCCAAAGUGAUUCAAAACUAGUGAUUGGACAGAUCAAGGGAGAAUACGAGGCAAAAGAAGAAAGGAUGCAGAAGUACCUCAAGUUGGCAAGACAGCUAGCUCAGGAAUUUGAUACAGUGGAGUUCAUACAAAUCUCAAGAAGUCAGAAUAUGGGGGCUGACGAAGUGUCAAAGCUAGCGUCAUCAAAAGAAGAAGGGACUAGCACGGACCUGGCAAUGGAAGUCCAAAAACACCCUAGUAUCGAGGAAGUUGUAACCUUCACCAUCCAGAGCACUGAUACCUGGAUGACGCCCAUAAUGUCCUUCCUCCAGGACGGGCAUCUACCUCAAAACACUGAAGAAGCCAGAAAGAUCAAGAAGAGGGCAGCCAUAGUCACGAUCCUGAAUGACGUCUUGUACAAGAGAGACUUCUCUAUGCCCUACUUGAAGUGCGUCGACGAGGAAGAGGCCAAAUAUAUCUUGGAGGAAGUACACGGAGGAAUAUGUGGCGACCAUGCCGGCUCCAGAUCACUAGUAAACAAAGUGGUAAGGGCAGGAUAUUUUUGGCCAACCAUGCAGGUGGACGCUGCUGAGAUCGUUAGGAGGUGCGACAAAUGCCAACGAUACGGGAAUGUGCAGUGGCUUCCAGCAGAGAAAAUGACGACCAUAGCUUCCCCAUGGCCAUUUGCAUAA